AUGGGGAGGCUGCUGCUGUGGGUUGGUGAGAUGAUCCUUCUGCUGAAACCCCAGGAUGGUGCCACCUACCAGCUGGUGUGUUAUUUCACCACCUGGGCACAGAAUCGACCAGGCCCCUCCAUCUUGCCCCAAGACCUGGAUCCCUUUCUCUGCACCCACCUGAUACUUGCCUUUGCUUCAAUGAGCAACAAUCAGAUUGUUGCCAAGGAUCUCCAGGAUGAGAAAAUUCUCUACCCAGAGUUCAACAAACUCAAGGAGAGGAACGGGAAUCUGAAAACACUGUUGUCCGUCGGAGGCUGGAAUUUUGGCACAUCAAGAUUUACCACCAUGCUAUCCACAACUGCCAACCGUGAAAAGUUUAUUGAUUCAGUCAUAUUCUUCCUGAGGACACAUGGCUUUGACGGUCUUGAUCUUUUCUUCUUGUACCCCGGACUACGAGGCAGCCCCAUGUAUGACCGGUGGACUUUUCUCUACUUAAUUGAAGAGCUCCAGCUUGCCUUCCAGAGGGAGGCAGUCCUCAUUAGGCGCCCGAAGCUCCUGCUCUCCGCUGCUGUCUCUGGCAUCCCGCAUAUCAUCCAAACAUCUUAUAAUGUGCACCUUCUAGGGAGACUUCUGGAUUUCAUUAAUGUUUUGUCUUAUGACUUACAUGGAAGUUGGGAAAAGUUCACUGGACACAAUAGUCCCCUGUUCUCCUUUCCUGAAGACUCCAAAUCAUCAGCAUAUGCUAUGAAUUACUUGAGAAAACAUGGGGCACCUGCAGAGAAGCUCAUCAUGGGGUUUCCCACCUAUGGACGUACCUUUCACCUCCUCAAAGCCUCUAAAAAUGGACUGCAAGCUGAAGUGACGGGACCAGCAUCUCCAGGGAAGUACACCAAGCAAGCUGGCUUCUUGGCUUACUAUGAGGUUUGCUCCUUUGUUCAGAGAGCAAGAAAGCACUGGAUUGAGUAUCAGUAUGUCCCAUAUGCCUACAAGGGGAAGAAGUCGGUUGGCUAUGAUGACGCCACCAGCUUCAGUUACAAGGCAAUGUUUGUGAAGAGAGAGAAUUUUGGGGGAGCCAUGGUAUGGACAUUGGAUAUGGAUGAUGUCAAGGGCACUUUCUGUGGCACUGGUCCUUUCCCCCUUGUCUAUAUACUGAAUGACCUCCUGGUGCAGGCUGAGUCCAACUCAAUGCCUUUACCACAAAUUUGGUUCUCAUCCUCUAUGAAUUCCUCAAGAUCUGAUUCUGAAAUUCUGACUGUGAUAGAAGCAUUGACUACAGAUACUAUUAAGAUUUUACCCCCAGGAGGAGAGACUAUAGUUACUGAGGUCCAUGGAAAGUUUGAAAAUAUGACUACAACUCCGAAGGGUGGACUUGUGACCCCUGGAAAGGAAACAGCAUCCCCAGAAAUGCAUGCUGUAGCUAUAGGAAGGACCACUGAAGCCCCUGAGACAAACACUACGACCUCUCUGGACCAUCUGUCUGUGACGACUGCUGGGAUGACAGUAGCCCUCCUGACACAGACCACUGUGAGAAGGAACAUGACUACAGUAGGUCAUCAGCUUGUGACCCAUGGAGGGAUGGAUAUAACCUUUGUGUAUCAUCAGACCAAGACCCUUAGUGAGGAGGAAACUUCUGGAAGGAAGGCUGUAGUUCCUGAGAAGGUCACUGCCUCUCCUCAAACGAUGUCAGUCGCCCUUGAUUGGCAGAAUAUAACUCUAAAAUGGGAGAAUUUAACUUCUGAGGUGGAAAACUGA